UUUUACAGCUGUUCGUCGUAGCGAUUGCAGCGGCGCACCCCUAGGGAUGUGAACAUCACGAAAAAACUUCCAGAUAUGAGUGUAAAAAUAUUGUAAUAAAGUAUAAUGGCACAAAAGCCGGGGGAAUGGGCCAAUAUUCUUAUUGAACGCUUUGAAAGCCAGUUACCUUGUCGAAAUGGAACUCAAACGGUUAUUUCAAAAUACAAUGAAGAACAAAACAAGAGGUGUAUAAUUCAAAUUUCUCGAUAUCGUUUUGCCUUAGUUCUUGAUGGUUUUGUGAGAAUUUUAAAACGAACUCAGGAUCAGUUUCAAGCUGGAUCCGGCUGUGCAUCUCGCCAGCACAGUACCGAAUUCGAGAGGAAUUAUUACGAUAGUAUUAUUAUUGUUUUGGAAACUUUGGAAAAAUGUUUCAGUAUUCAACCAAAAGAUUCCAUUAUCCUAACCAUGGAGGAAAAUCAGAAUCUCAAAGCUUUAUUGAAGGAAAUAUGUGCUUUCUUAGAUUUUCCCGCAGAAAAUGCAAACAGUUAUGUGAUAAGAACUUUGGCGAGUAAAGUUUUAUUUGCCUUGAGCAUAAAUUUUUUUAAUGCUGUAUUUAGUCGUAUUUCUUCGAAGUUACAAGAGCUAGCAUCUUGCCUUGAUGAAAAUCCAGAUUUUAAUGAUAUAGAUUUAAUUCAACACAUAAAUGUCGAUGUAGUAAGAUUAACACGUCUUCUGAGUGAAGCAAAUCAAAAGUUCAAACUAUUGAAAAAAUCCGCACAAUUAGCCUUAGUGAAUUCAUUAGAAAAAGCUAUCUGGAAUUGGAUGGAUAACUACUCUCAAGAAUUUGCAGAAAUUCAAAAAAAUCCUAAUGAAGAAUUAUCUAAAUGCUGCGACCAGUUAUUUGAUAUUCUCGAUAAUUUUGGAGACAAUAAAAAAGGAAGGCCAGCUGUGUGGUCCUUACAAAUAAUGUUACUCAUUUUAGCUCCUAACGUACUUGAAGAAAUUGUGAAUGCUGAUACAGGCGCACCUUGUUCACCUAGACAUAGUAAGAAAAAGCAAUUUAUAGAUAGUAUCAAAAAAGGAAUAUCUGGCCACAGUAACUGUAGCAAGCAAUUGACAGAAGCAGCUGCAGUUACUUGUGUGAAGUUAUGCAAAGCUUCAACAUACAUUAAUAUACUAGAUUCUAAUAACGUAGCCUUUACUCUUGUACAAAAUGUCGUCAAUGAUUUGAAGACUCUACUCUUUAAUCCUGGAAAACCAUUUUCCCGAGGGCAGAAUUUUCUAAAUCAAGAUAUGGAUCUUAUGAUGGAUUGCUUUGUAUCCUGUUUUCGUAUAAAACCUCAUGAUAACGAAGCCUUAAAAGUUUGCCUCAAUCUCACUACACCAUCAACCUACCAUUUCGUUCUAGUUAGAUCUCUAUACCGUAUAGUAACACAAAAAAAAUUAAACUGGUGGCCUCAAAUCGACCUCGUAUAUAGUCGAUCUUCAGAAUUGAGAGCUUUAUUUACUGAUACCUUGAAUAAAGUUUCUCAAGGAUGUAUUUCACAUACCCCAUUGAGGAUGAUUCAAUCACUUACACUGAAAGGAAAAGACUCCCAGGCAAAGUUCAAAGAUAGACCAGAAGAAGCACCUGGUUAUAGGAAUUUGUUAUUGUAUAUGGUCAGAUUAAUUCAUGCGGACCCCAUGUUGAUGCUGAAUAGUCAAGGAAAAGCUGGUCACGAAAUACAAAGUUCAACCUUGGAAUUGAUAAAUGGAUUAGUUUCGCUAGUUCAUCAACCUACUAUGCCUGAUGUUGCACAAGAAGCAAUGGAAGCCUUACUAGUACUCCAUCAUCCUGAAAAAAUUCAAUCAUGGAAUCCUGAAGCUCCUAUUAAUACCUUUUGGGACGUGAGCUCCCAGGUCCUUUUUUCAAUAUCUCAAAAAUUAAUUCAACACCAAAUACUUAACUAUACUGAUAUUCUGAGAUGGUUGAGAGAAAUCCUGAUAUGCAGAAAUGCUUUUCUGGCCAGAAAUAAAGAGUAUGCCAAUGUUGGCAGUCAAAUUACUAUUUGUAAACAAGCUCACAUUAAGUUGGAAGUUGUAUUUUACAUGUAUUUGUGGAGUAUCAAUAUGGAAGCGGUGGCCGUAGCUAUGAGUUGCUUUGCCUUGCUGUGUCAGGAGGCCGAUAUAAGAUGUGGCUCUGAUGAAGUGACGGUAACUUGUUUGGUGCCUAACUACCAUGUUUACUUAGACUUGGCUUUUGCUUCCACUUUAUCUGCUUCAGGAAGAUCUAGUCUGCAAAAAAGGAUUAUGGGCUUACUGAGGAAAAUAGAACAUUGUGUGAAUGGAGUACAACCAGCCUGGGAAGAGACUUUCAUGAAUUGGAAUUCCAUGUAUAAGAUUCUCUCUUCUUAUCCCAAAGCCAAAGUGGAAGAUGGUCAAAUAGAGUCUUUUCAUCGAAGUACAGGAAAAAGACGAGCCUCACAUCAAAACUCUGAACAUGAAUUGGAAGAUCAAAUAAACGAGUGGGCUAAUAUGACCGGCUUUUUGUGUGCACUGGGUGGCGUUUGCUUGCAAAGAAGAUCGCCAUCAAGGCCUCUCCUUGCAGCUGCAUCACAUUCUAGUCUUUCUUCCACCUCCAUAGCCUCUGGCCUUGGAGACAGCAGAAAAUCUAGUGUGUUAACAGCAAAUUCCGGUCAAGAACCAAGACAAUACUGUCCAGUUACUCAGUUCAUAGAUUGCCUAUUGAGAUUGCUAGUUUGCAGCAAUGAAAAGUUUGGAGGUCAAAUACAAAAACAUGUCAAGGAAUUAGUUGGCCAAGAAAUGUCAGCAGCCUUAUAUCCAAUUUUGUUUGAACAGAUCAAAACAAUCGUUGAAAAAUUUUUUGAUCAACAAGGACAAGUUAUUGUGUCAGAUCUACAUACUCUUUUUAUAGAGCAUAUAAUAUACAUCAUGAAAAGAAUUUUGAAUAACGCAAAAAAUAAUCAACCGUCUGAGCAUUUGGGUGUAACAAGCAUAGAAGGAAUGAUGCUUGGUAUAGUUAGAUAUGUUCGUCAUUUAGAUAUGACAGUUCACGCCAUCCAUAUCAAAACCAAAUUGUGUCAGUUAGUAGAAGCCAUGAUGAAUAGACGAGACGAUUUGGCAUUUAGACAAGAGAUGAAGUUUAGAAAUAAGUUGGUGGAAUAUCUGACGGAUUGGGUAAUGGGUACUUCACACCAAAUCGCACCUCCAGGCUCUGGCGACGUUACCACAAUUACCAGGGAUCUGGAUCAAGCAUGCAUGGAAGCAGUGGCAGCUCUUUUGAGGGGUCUACCGCUCCAACCCGAGGAAUCUGAUCGAGGUGAUCUGAUGGAAGCCAAGAGCCAGCUAUUUUUGAAAUAUUUCACACUUUUCAUGAACCUUUUGAAUGAUUGUGCCGAAGAAGAAGAUGCUGAUCAAGAAGCAAGACCUAUAAAUGCCAGAAAAUUGAGUACAUUAAGAAAUGCUACAAUACAAGCCAUGUCAAACCUAUUAUCAGCAAAUAUCGAUAGUGGAUUAAUGCAUUCUAUUGCUCUUGGGUAUAAUAAAGACCUACAGACUAGAGCUGCAUUCAUGGAGGUUCUAACAAAAAUUCUCCAGCAAGGUACAGAAUUCGAUACUUUGGCAGAAACUGUUCUUGCGGAUAGAUUCGAACAAUUGGUUCAGUUAGUCACUAUGAUCAGUGAUAAGGGAGAAUUACCGAUUGCCAUGGCCUUGGCUAAUGUGGUAACGAAUUCACAAAUGGAUGAAUUAGCCAGAGUGUUUGUUACUCUUUUCGAUGCAAAACACUUAUUGUCUCCUCUUUUAUGGAAUAUGUUUUAUAGAGAAGUUGAAGUUUCUGAUUGUAUGCAAACUCUGUUCAGAGGAAAUUCUUUAGGUAGCAAGAUAAUGGCGUUCUGCUUCAAAAUUUAUGGAACAGGUUACCUUCAAACUCUAUUAGAACCAUUAAUACGACCAUUAUUAGAUGAUACCAACUGUAGUUUUGAAGUUGAUCCCGCUAGGUUGGAACUGAUGGAAGACAUUGAACUCAAUCGCCAAAAUCUGAUCCAUCUUACCCAGAAAGUAUUUGACGCUAUAGUUUGCUCAGCUGAUAAGUUUCCCCCACAACUGCGAUCUAUGUGUCACUGCCUUUACCAAGUGCUGAGUAAAAGAUAUCCUCAUUCGCCUCAGAAUAAUAUAGGAGCUGUUGGUACAGUUAUUUUUUUAAGAUUUAUAAAUCCUGCCAUUGUUUCUCCUCAAGAAAUGGGAAUUGUGAUGAAACAAGUACCAACUCCUGUCAAAAGAGGAUUGAUGCUCAUGUCUAAAAUACUACAAAAUAUUGCCAAUCAUGUUGAAUUCAGCAAGGAACAACAUAUGUUGCCAUUCAACUAUUUCCUAAGAGCUCAUUUUGAAAUAGGAAGGAGAUUUUUCAUUCAGAUCGCGUCUGAUUGUGAGACUGUUGAUCAAACUUCACAUUCUAUGUCGUUUAUUAGCGAUGCAAACGUUUUGGCUCUUCAUAGGCUUUUAUGGAACCAUCAAGAGAAAAUAGGAGAUUAUCUUUCCAGCAGUAGAGACCAUAAGGCGGUUGGGAGGAGGCCUUUUGAUAAAAUGGUUACCCUGCUCGCAUAUUUAGGGCCUCCAGAGCAUAAACCUGUCGAUUCACAUCUGGUUUUUUCAUCUUAUGCUCGAUGGAGUUCCAUCGACAUGUCUUCAACCAACUUUGAAGAGAUGAUGGUUAAACAUAAUAUGCAUGAAACGGAAGAAUUCAAAUCCAUCAAAAGUCUCAACAUAUUUUAUCAGGCUGGUACCAGUAGGGCGGGACAUCCAAUAUUCUAUUACAUAGCACGCAGAUACAAAAUAGGAGAUACUAAUGGCGAUCUAUUAAUUUAUCAUGUGAUCUUAACACUAAAACCAUUUUGUCAUUCCCCGUUUGAAUUGGUUGUGGAUUUCACCCAUACCUGUGCCGAUAAUCGUUUCAGAACUGAAUAUUUACAAAAAUGGUUUUAUGUAUUGCCUGAAGUGGCUUAUGAAAAUAUCCAUGCUGCUUAUGUUUAUAAUUGUAACAGUUGGGUAAGAGAAUAUACCAAAUUCCAUGAUAGAAUUUUGGCUCCUUUAAAAGGCAAUCGAAAAUUGAUAUUUAUCGAUUUUCCAAAUAAAUUGCACGAAUUUAUUGAGCCAGAACAACAAAAACUUCCGGGAGCUACUUUAAGUUUAGAUGAAGACUUGAAAGUUUUCAGCAAUGCUCUCAAACUAUCGCACAAAGAUACCAAAGUUGCUAUUAAGGUUGGGCCUAGUGCUAUUCAGAUCACCUCAUCUGAAAAAAGUAAGGUGCUGGCCCACUCUGUAUUGCUCAAUGAUGUAUAUUACGCUUCUGAGAUUGAGGAAGUUUGUUUAGUUGAUGAUAAUCAGUUUACGUUAACUAUUGCUAACGAAAGUGGACCGCUAAGUUUCAUUCAUAAUGAUUGUGAUAAUAUUGUUCAAGCUAUAAUUCAUAUCAGAAACAGAUGGGACCUAAGUCAACCUGAUUCUGUUACCGUGCAUCAAAAAAUCAGACCAAAAGAUGUGCCUGGAACUCUACUCAAUAUGGCUCUUCUCAAUUUAGGUUCAUCAGAUCCGAAUCUGAGAACAGCCGCAUAUAAUCAGUUGUGCGCUUUAACAGCUACUUUCGAUCUCAAAAUAGAAGGCCAACUCUUGGAAACUCAAGGAUUGUGCAUUCCAUCCAAUAACACAAUUUUCAUUAAAUCUGUAUCAGAAAAACUUGCUACAAAUGAACCGCACCUCACAUUAGAAUUCCUUGAAGAAUGCAUUCAGGGAUUCAGGGGGUCCAGCAUCGAGCUCAAACAUUUGUGCCUUGAAUAUAUGACUCCAUGGCUUGCCAAUCUCGUGAGAUUUGUCAAGCCCAAUGAAGAAAAAAAAAGACAAAAACAGGUGGCCCAUAUUUUGGAAAAAUUAAUUUCUCUCACAAUUGAAGAGGUUCAGAUGUACCCUUCGAUUCAAGCCAAAAUUUGGGGCUCCAUUGGCCAAGUACCUGAAUUAAUAGAUAUGGUUUUAGAUAAUUUCAUACAUAGAUCAGUAAAUGAUGGAUUAAACUCUCCAAUGGUUGAAAUAAUGGCUGAUACAGCUGUUGCUUUAGCUUCUGCUAAUGUGCAAUUGGUUGCUAAAAAAGUCAUAGGGAGAUUGUGUCGGGUGGUGGAUAAGACUUGUCACUCCCCGACACAAUUGUUAGAAAUGCAUAGCAUGUGGGAUGAUAUUGCAAUAUUAGCAAGAUAUUUGUUGAUGUUAUCUUUCAACAAUUGCUUAGACGUAGCUAAGCAUUUACCGUACUUAUUUCAUACUGUUACAUUUUUAGUUUGCUCGGGCUCCAUCAACAUGAAAGCCUCCACUCACGGUCUUGUGAUUAACAUCAUCCAUUCCCUUUGUACUUGCUCCCAACCAAAAUUCUCUGAAGAAACUCUCAGAGUCUUACGUUUAUCAUUAGAUGAAUUUUCUCUACCGAAAUUCUACUUGCUUUUUGGUAUAAGUAAGGUUAAAUCGGCAGCUGUAACAGCUUUUAGAUCUAAUUAUCGACAUUCAAAUGAAAAAUGGCUCGGAGCUGAGAGAAAUUUAAGUAGUACCACCACUGACAGAGAAAAAUUUUCACUUACAUCUUUAGAAGUUAUAACUGACGCAUUGUUAGAAAUAAUGGAAGCCUGUAUGAAGGAUGUUCCUAAUUGCGAUUGGUUAGUCAGUUGGACUUCUUUGGCGAAAAGUUUUGCGUUUUGUUUCAAUCCGGCAUUACAACCUAGAGCUUUAAUAGUAUUCGGGUGUAUCAGUAAAAGUGUUACCGAUCAUGAUAUGAAAGAAUUAUUGCGAAUUUUAGUGAAAGCUUUAGAAAGUUUCAACGAUAUGAUAUUAAUAGAAGCCUUAGUUAUGAGUAUGACGAGACUACAACCUUUAUUGAGGCUUGAUUCUCCAAUACAUAAAGCCUUAUUUUGGGUUGCCACUUCAGUUCUCCAAUUGGAUGACAUCUCUUUGUAUGCAUGUGGCUUGGCUCUUUUAGAACAAAACCUACAUACUUUAGAUUCCCAAGGAAUGUUUGAUGAAAAAUCGAUUGAAGAAGUGAUGAUGUCAACGAGAGAGCCUUUAGAAUGGCAUUUUAAACAGCUUGAUCAAGCGGUUGGUCUCAGUUUCAAAGCCAAUUUUCAUUUCGCUAUUGUGGGUCAUUUACUCAAAGGAUUUAGACAUCCUACUCCCACAACUGUUUCUAGAACAUCGCGCGUUUUGUCAAUGCUUUUAGCAAUAGUAGCUAAGACCCACAAAAAGGAUAAAUUUGAAGUAACUCCCAAUAGUGUUGCGUAUCUUACUGCACUUGUUGGUGUAUCUGAAGAAGUUCGCAGCAGAUGCCAUAUCAAAUAUGGAAUCAUUAGAUAUAAGUCGGAUGCUUUAACUCAAGAAAAUUUUAUGGCUACUGAAGCCAUGAAUCAACAACAAAGUACAAAUUCUGGGAAUCACGGUACUGCUAAUGAUACUACAAGCGUCAAUAAAAGGCAGAAAUCUUGGGAACUAGUUGAUCAGUCAACUUCCCACCCAAAACCUACCGCACAACUCCAAAAUCGCAGUACUCGUGUUUCCAUAAGUAAUGAAAGCAAUAUAUUAUUGGAUCCAGAUGUUUUGACUGAUUUCUCUACGCAAGCAUUAGUUUUAACUGUUCUUGCUACUCUAGUUAAAUAUAGUACUAAUGAUGCAGAAACAAGAAUCUUAUAUCGAUAUCUUGGAGAAGGCGCAAUUGUAUUUCCCAAAGUGUUUCCUGUUAUUUAUAAUUUAUUAGACAUGAAAAUAAAUAAUGUUCUAACAACUUGUCACGACCAAGUAAUACUAGGGGCUGUGAGAAAUAUUAUUCAGAAUAUGAUUGCAUGUGAAGACACAAGCCAACAACAACUUCACUAUUUGCAGAGUUGUGGUUUUGGAGGCCUUUGGAGGUUUGCAGGUCCAUUUAAUAAGUACAAUUCUACACCAGAAAGUAGUGAAUUAUUUGUUAAUUAUUUAGAAGCUAUGGUUGAAAUGUUUCUUCCCACUGCUGAUUCUGAAGGAGAAAAUGAGAUACCACAUUAUCCUUCAAUGUUAAGCGUUAGUUCAAACAUGCUCUCUUCUAGUUUAUCGAGCCUGACACUUGGCUCACCGACAGAGAAAGAAAUAUCAAGAGAUGCAGAAGGAGGGAGCACUUCCUCUCUGGGUAGGAAUACAUCUAAUAAAACAUCGUCCAAAAAGCAUUUACAUUCUGAAAAUACAUCGAUUUUCAAAUGAAAUAAACCCAAAACACCAAUAUCAUAUUAUUUGUCUUGUGUUAUGUUCCAAUUUUUACAAUCAGGAAUUAUAUUUAAAAAAUCGAUGUGAAUGUCUUGUUGAGUGUUGAAUGCAUUUUUCAUUCUGAAAAUGAUACAGUAUUACUUGCCUUUGUGAAAUCUGAUUUAAUAUGUGAUAACGGUCAACGUACUGACAUCCAAUUUAAUGCACCUAUCAAUUUGGUUGACCCUUUUUAUGAAUAAAUGUUCUUGGUGAUGAAAGAAUGAUUCGAAAACUGUGAGAUUACAAAAUAGUAUGCUGUUAGUUCCAGUAUAUUAUUCAAGCCUUUAUUCAUUAAGCGCAACAAUGCAGCAAACGGAGUUUAUGGUAAUGAUAAAUUAUGAAUGUAUCUUAUAUGAAUAAAUCUAUAUAACUUCAAUUAACUGCUCCUCAACUCUAAAUGUCAGAUCAAGUAACAAUUCUAAAUAAAUGUAAUAAUAUAUAUACUCCACACGAAUUUUAAAGAGGAAAGUGUAUCCAUUUUUUCAAUUUUCUAGAUUUUUGUGUAUUCAAUAUUUACAAUUUGUUUUAUUUGAACUGCCAAAUAAUUAGGGUGAUGUAAUAGGUGUUCUAAUUGUCAUAAUAUCUGUUAGUUAUCCAUUCAUAUAUAUGAGUAAACAAGUCUAACUAUUAUACCUCAGUGGCAUUCUAAAUUAAAAUAGUAUUCGUGUUUUUUGAGGUGACCUUAUUGAUAGUAGUAAAAACAAAUACCCAGAUCACGUUUAUAUUAUUUCCUAUUUAUAUUGGAAAUUGAUCUGAAUAAGUAAUUCAGUUUGUACUGAACACUUCUUGGUUAUAUCAUUUUAUAUAUUUUUUGAACAUGUCUUAAUAAAAUGUUGAUAUUCAAA